AUGAAAAUGCAACUACACUAAACACUCGUUUCACUCUACGAUUCAAUUUCGAACCAUGAAAACCCCUAAAUUCAAUUUCGAACAAUCCUAAAUUCAUCUCUCUCGUUUCACUUUACGAUUUGCAGUAGCAAGGAAAAGAAUUAUUAUAGCAUGUUAUAGAUGAGUUUGGUGGAUACAGAAUGCUCAGAGGAAGGUUCAUGUCUUCUUGAGCCUUCUGAUCCUGAUAUUAUUAAAACUGAUCCUACUUCUCAUUACAACAGGUAUAAGGAAGUAAUCAGCAAAAGAGCUUUCAAGACCGUUUUUAAGACAUUUGAUGAAGUCAACGGACUCGAAGUUGUGUGGAGCCAAGUUCGGAUUGACGAGGUAUUACAAUCACCGGGCAAACUAGUGAGACUGUAUUCAGAAGUGCAUCUAUUGGGGUCGUUGAAGCACAAUAACAUCGUAUGGGAUUUGAAUGGAAAUAAGGUCAUGUAGCAUCUGUUUAUUCUAUUUUACCGAGUCAAAAAGAACAUAUUCAGGUUAAAUUCUUCUAUCACCCUCUCUACAUUUGAAAUUUUAUUUUAUUUUAUUUUGAGGCAUUCUAGAAUCUGUUGUAGUGAAUGCUUGACUGGUAAGUUAUUGUGACAUCAAAUUCAUGCAGUUUUGUUUUUCAACUUCAGUUGAUGGCAAACUUACUGCAGUGAGGUUCGAUCAAUCAUAAAUUAAUUAUGGCCUAACUUUUCAUCCUAAUUUCUUUUAGUAUAGAAGUUGUAUCCAUUUUUGUUCCACUAGGAACUAAUCUCAGCAAGAUCCUUAUUUUCUCACUUAUUCUUUCUCUUAUGUGUCUUGCAGUUACACUCUGUGGAUCUUUUGAAAUCUUCACAUUUUUUCUCUGUGGUGGUUUAAUGGUUUCUGAGUCUAUGUGAAUAGGUUGCAUAACCGCCAUUCAUAAUAUCAUUUCUCUCAUUGCAGUCAUUGAUGAACUCCUUUUCUCUAAUGAAGGGUAUGAAAAUGAUGAAGCACUGUUUGGUUGAAGAGGAUAAGAAGAGAGUGGUGGAUUCACCAAACAAAAUUCAUUUUCUGUGUUGGUGUGAGAUUGAGAUUGAGAUUGUUGUUGUUGGAGUUGGUGUUAUAAAAUGGUUGAUAUGUUGAUUCAGGAAACUUUUCCAUUUGCAUCAUCAUUGUCAUCGUGUGAUUCAUGGUGCUUUCAUCAGUAGUUAUUUUCACACUGUCCUAGGAUAAAAGGAGGAAUGGAGGGAAUGAAAGUACAAAGAAAAUAGAAGGUGGAGAAAUGGGGAAGAUGAGAAAAGUGAAAGUAGGUGCAGAGGUGAGAGUGUGAAGGAAUAAAUAGUGUUGAAGAGAGUACAGAAAGAAAGUGCAGGUUGAUAUGAUCUAUGUAACUUACUAACAACAAAAGCAAAAGCAAACAAUAUAUAUUCAUUCAUCUUUAUUAAAUAUAAUUUUAGUUCUUGUUGGAGUGGCUA